CUAUAAAAAAAACAUAUAUAUGAUAAAGGAAAAAUAAAUAAAUAAAUGAAAAUGUUCUGUACAAACCGAUUGACGAGUUUUAUUCAAAUAAUCAGUCAAUGGCGCUAGCAUGACAGUUGCAAUGUUACCUAUUGCUACAGAGCUUCAUUUUGAAGUUCAGCAACAACAAUGGCUUAUCAGUUCAUAUGCUUUAUCCUUUGGAGGACUACUCCUAGUUGCCGGUCGAAUGGGUGACCUGUUCGGUCAUCGCCGUGUGUUUUUGUCUGGAUUAUUUUGGUUUGGCCUCUGGUCGCUCGUCAACGGAUUUUCAAAGUCGCCUGUAAUGCUCUGUAUUUCUAGAGCUCUCCAGGGCAUGGGUGCCGCAGCUCAAAUCCCCACCGCUCUCGCGUUAAUUGCCAUCAAAUAUCCAGCGGGCAAGUCAAGAACGCGUGCACUCUCUGUCUUUGGUGCCAUUGGAGGUAUGGGCGCUGUCACUGGAUUAUUGCUGGCAGGAGCAUUGACAUCGACAAUUGGUUGGCAAUGGAUCUUCUUUAUCUCAGCUAUUAUGAGCGUCAUACUUUUUGUUCUUGGAGUCUUUGCCAUCCCAAACACCUCUGGCCUGCACGGUGAAAGUCCAAAAAUCGAUGUUGGUGGCGCCUUCACCGCCACUGCAGGGAUUGUUUGUAUAAUCUACUACAUCUCUUCAGGAGUUGAGGCCGGUUGGGCUAGUCCUCAAACUCUGCCGAUGCUUUUCAUUGGUCUUGUUCUACUCACCAUCUUCAUCAUGAUUGAGCGUCGGAUAUCCUACCCUAUUAUGCCUUUCCAUAUCUGGAAGCAUCGAGCCUUUUCAACCAGCUUUGUGGUGGUCUUUAUCAUGCAAGCAGCAUUCCAAGGAUUUCUGUACUAUAGUACAUUGAUCUUUCAGGAAGUUCUUCAAUACUCGAUCAUGAAGACUUCACUUUCAUAUCUUGCUCAUGGACUGUCUGCUAUCAUUAUCUACUCUAUCUUGGGUAAAUUCUUGCCCCGUUUACCACUCAAGCCCUUCAUGUUGAUUGGAUUUUUCUUUUUGGGCGGCUCUGCAUUGAUGUUUGCGUUUGUGACAGAUGCCAGCUCUUAUUGGGUCCUACCCUUCCUUGCCAUGAUUGCAAACGUCUUUGGCCUGGGGUUGAUCAUGUUGCCUGCCCAGAUCACGGCCCUCCGGGAUGCUUCAGAUGAUGACCAAGGCGUUGUCGGAGCCAUUUAUAAUGUGGGACUUCAGAUUGGUUCGCCAUUUGGCUUAGCUAUUCUUACAGUCAUUUCUGGAAAACUUAACAGUGGGGUCCAUGGACCAGCCAGAAUGCAUGGAUAUAAGUAUGCACUUGUUGGAGUAGUUGUGUUUGCUCUUCUUGGCUUCAUCGUUACACUGAUCUUCUUGCCUCAUGUCAAGCCUGCUGUGGAUAAUAAAGAAAAGACUCUAGAAUCGUUGGAAGAAGGGGGUAUUUCUGCCGUUGAACAGGACAACAUCACAGAGACAGACAUAAAGGUGACAAUGAAGCCUUUGGAAGAUUGCACUCAGAUGCAAGAACAAAAGGAGAACUUGAAUAGAGGGGACGACAAGCAGGAGUUGAACGAAAUAGAAGCACAGGCAGGAGAUAAGCAAGAGCUGAAUGAAAAGCUGUAGAAGUAAACAGUUGCAUCAAACCCGCAUGCAUCGCCACCGAGGAAGGAUUCAGGGCAGUAGCCAUAGUCUUGCUUGCUUAACAAGUAGUAUCAUCUAUCAUUAUUUAACAUCAUUCUCCCAUCUAACUCAUUUAUU